UUAGGGUUUUAGGCCCACUGAGAUUAUAUAACCCUAGUAGCAUCGCCAUCCAUAUACCUUCUCUCUUUCUUUCUGUGUGUAACAACUCGUUUAGCAGCCGUUUCUCCAUUGUCACAGCAAACGAAGAAGAAAUGGCUCCAAAGAAGGGCGCAAAGCUGCCGUUGAAGAAAAAGAGUGAUAAGGUUGUGAACCCACUGUUUGAGAAAAGACCGAAGCAGUUUGGUAUCGGAGGUGCUCUUCCCCCGAAGAAAGAUCUUCAUCGAUUCGUGAAAUGGCCCCAAGUUGUCAGAAUCCAGAGGAAGAAGAUGAUACUCAAGCAGAGGUUGAAGGUUCCCCCACCCAUUCACCAGUUCUCUAAAACCCUUGACAAAAACUUGGCAACGAGCCUGUUCAAGAUGCUGCUGAAAUACAGGCCAGAGGAUAGAGCUGAAAAGAAGGAGCGUCUAUUGAAAAGAGCACAGGCUGAGUCUGAAGGCAAAGCUCCCGAGUACAAGAAGCCUAUUGUUGUCAAAUAUGGUCUCAACCACGUCACUUAUCUCAUUGAGCAGAAUAAGGCUCAGUUGGUGGUGAUAGCUCAUGACGUCGAUCCAAUUGAGCUGGUUGUAUGGCUCCCUGCACUCUGCAGGAAAAUGGAGAUCCCUUACUGUAUUGUCAAGGGCAAGGCUAGGCUUGGAACAAUUGUCCACCAAAAGACAGCAUCUGUUUUGUGCUUGACCUCUGUGAAGAAUGAGGACAAGAUGGACUUCAGCAAGAUUCUAGAAGCUAUCAAGGCCAAUUUCAAUGACAAAUAUGAUGAGACGAGGAAGAAAUGGGGAGGCGGUGUUAUGGGCUCAAAAUCCCAGGCAAAGACAAAGGCGAAAGAGAGGGUUCUUGCCAAGGAAGCUGCUCAGAGGAUGAAUUAAAACUCUUUACUGUUAGUCAUAGAGAAGCAAAUGCCAGUUUUUUUUCUUUCUUUGUAUGUCCUCGAUUUUAUUUUGAGAUUCAGAAUGACCUUUUCUUUUUGCUACACUACAUUUAUUACCUUCUAUCUAAAACCGCUGUUUUUUUUUUUUGUUUGAAGAAGAAAUAUGUUGGUUGAAUUUAUUGUGAUGAUUGCUGGCUAGUCGAAUUCUUUUGAUUCCUUGU